AUGUAUCCAUCUCAAGAUUCAAAGUAUGGCAAAGAUAUAUCAGACCACCUAUUCGCCGCUCGAAAUAGAAUAAGAGAACUUAGGAAGGUGCUUGAUGAUAUUCACUUCAACGAAGCUAUGCAUUUUGAUUCAUUGGCUCAGAAGGAACAAGAGAGAGUCUUCAUAGUAUGGUUCCAAACGCUAUUGAAAGACGAGCCCGAGCAAUUAGCAUGUGGACUUGCGGGGAAACAUAGGCCUGGAAAUGGGCUUACUGCGGUUCGAUGGAAGACGGGAGGGUAUAACGUGACUUUUCGUGUCAAUUAUGAUGAUGGCUUCCAGGCCAUUGUUCGCUUCGCUGCCCUUGGUCAAUCUCUCUAUCGCACCGAGAAGGUUGGAAAUGAGGCCACUGUUCUUCAGUAUUUUCGCAAGAACACCAAUAUUCCCGUUCCACGUUUAUUAGGUGUUGGGAAAAUUGCCCUCGCACCCUACAUCGUUGAAGAAUUUGUGGAGGGGGAACUUGCUUCUGGUCCUUUCAUGGAAUCGAGAAUAGAGCGACAGAAUCUGGAUUCCAACGUAGGUGAGCAGAAGCUGAAAGUUCUCUACCGAGAAAUGGCCGGCAUUGUGCUUGAGAUGUCGAAACCAGAGUUCACGCAUAUUGGCUCUCUGGUUCAAACCGAAAAUGAAUAUGCUCUUGGCAGACGUCCACUUAUAAAAUAUGUGAACGAGCUGGCGAUGAAGGCUAAUCUUGCGCCACAACACUUUCCUACCUCAAACUCAAUUUACACAACGUCUGUUGGCUACUUUGGGUCCUUGGUAGAACAACACAUGGCUCAACUUCGCAACCAACGAAACGAUUGCGUGAAAGACGAAGAUGACUGCAAGAAAAAAAUACAUAGCUCGUUGCCUCAUGCUUAG